AUGUAUGUCGUCUAUGGGGGACGUAUAGAAAACACAUUCGACAGUCAAGUGCUUGAAUCCUACCUUCUCACGCUGUUCAAUCCCGAAAAAGUCACCGGUAGAACCGGUCAAACCCUUGCGAAGGGUGUGGAUCUACUAGCUGUCGACAACAUCAAGGAUAUUCAACAGUUUAUAACAUCAUCCAUUCCUUCGGAAGAUCAACCAUAUCUCUUCGGUCUUCCGAUGAACAUCCGAUUCUCAUGGCAGCUGACAGAGGCAGAAGACACGAUAGCCAGAAUGCGAAUAGCAGGUGACAUUACUAUUGCGAACUCGAUCAUGAUCAUAUCAAGCACGCAACUAAGCUAA